AUGGUACAAAGGAGAAAAAUGAACAAUAUAUACGACGCAUCAUCAUCAUACUUACCGGGAGCAGGAGUAGGGUCCUCAUUAUCAUCCUCGACAGAUACAAGGGUACAGUCUGAAUAUAAACCAAAUGAAGAACGUGUUUUUGGUCCUGCUUUUGAUUCAGUUAAUAAAAAUCCCGGGAAAAAAAUACUUAAGAAAAAAACUGAAAUAAGAAGUAAUGGCCCAACUUUAGGUAUUUUUAUAAGUGCUAUGUCUAUUGUACUUUCUGCCGCUCUAAUUUUUUUGUUAGGUGUUAAUAUUGUGAUUCAAUGGAGAACAAUUUCUACUACUAAUAAUAGAGGCACUAUACGUAAAGUUUCAUUCAUUAUAUUAAGCUUUUUAGGUAUUGGGUUUUUGAUUUCCCUAAAUGUUUUAUUAUUCAAGAAAUUAAAUCAAAUAGCAAUGAAAAAGAAAACUAAAUAUGGCUUGUUGCCCACAGAAGAAAGUUUUGAAAUGGAUGAGGCCUAA